AUGGCGAGCCGCGGCGGGGCUGGGCAGGGGCUGCCCGAGGCGCAGCACAGCAUUGGCCCCGCUGACGGCAUUGCGGUCCCCCCGCAGCGCAAGGGCGCCCUUGUGCUCCUGGAGCCGGCGCUGCUGUGGAAGGUGUCGUGGCCUGGCUUCAGCGGCGUCGUGCGGCUCCUGGACUGGUUCGAGGUGCCCGAGGGCUUUGCGCUGCUCAUGGAGCAUCCGCAGCGCUGUCAGCACCUCUGGUACUUCCUGCACGAGCAGCGGUUCCUGACGGAGCCCGUGGCGCGGGGGCUGCUCCGCCAGGUGCUGGAGGCCGUGCGGUGCCGCAGCAGCCACGGUGUCCUGCUCCGCCACAUCAAGGCCGAGAACGCCCUCGUCCACCUGGCCACAGGUGAGGCAAAGCUCAUCGACUUUGGCUGCAGCACGAUCCUCCAGGACACGUUCUACACCCAGAUGUCAGGAACACCUGAGUACAGCCCACCAGAGUGGAUCCUCUUUGGCUGCUACCAUGGCCAGCCAGCCACCAUCUGGUCCCUGGGCAUCCUGCUCUAUGAGCUGGUCUGCAGGCACCUUCCAUUCCACACCAAUGAGGACAUCAUCAGGGUCCAGCUCUUCUUCCCACCACGGGUGUCUCAAGCGCUGAGGAGAGAGCGCAGCCAAGCAGAUGCUUCCGCUGGUCCCCGUGAGCUGUGGAGGGAGCGGAUCCAUGCUGCCCAUCCCACUGGAGAAGUGGUGGCAGAGGAUUACACCUGGUGCCCGGACCCGACGGGGAAGCGCCUGCAGCAUCCGUGGAGCACGUCCAGUGCCAGUGCUACCCCAGGGGCCACGGUCUGCAGGGACAGCCCCUUCCAGAAGGACGAGGACCUGGUGCGGGAUCGGCUCCUCUCCUGGCAGCAGCUCUCCAGAGGCUGCUAG